ACCUCGAGAUCCCCGGCCAGCGGUACACCCACCUCCGCAAUGGGCGUCGUCUCGGCGGUGGCGGACGCGGUGGUCGUCCUAUUCUCGCUCACCAUCGCAAUGGCGGCCCCGCUGAUCGGCGCGCAGUCCGUCCUCCCGCGAUACCUCUACCCGGCGCCGUUGCGGGACUUCAAGCGGUGGUACGCCGCCGAGUUCGACGACUACCUCAUGGCCCAGCCGCCGGCCUUCCUCCGCGGCAUCUUCUGGCUCGAGAUCGCCUUCCUCUGGCCGCUCUCCGUCGCCACCAUCUACGGCGUCCUCGCCCGACGCCGCUGGGCCGCCACCACCUCCCUCAUGGCCGGCGUCUCCACCCUCACCUCCAUGUCUGCGAUACUUGGUGAGAUGCUGGGCUCCGGAAGAGCAACGCCGAGGCUGCUUCAGCUGUACGUUCCAUACGUCGUAUUUGCUGUCAUUGCCAUUUUGCGCGGUCUCUGCUCAUGUUCAGCUUCAGCGCCACCGUCGUCUGCAUCCUCUGCUCGGAAGAAGAGGGUCUAGAUUGAAUUACUACUUGGUGAAGAUAUUCAGGUGUGUGUCACAAAGAUGUAAGGGUGCUCUCUUCUCACAAUUUGUCCAACAGUUGUACCGUCCAACAUAU